AUGGCUCUGGGUCCCGAGGGCUUGGCGCUGGAGUCCGGCGAGGCUUUCCUGGGCAGCUUUGUGGCCAGUGGGAUGGGGCCCUCCACCUCAGCCCAUGGCAGCCCGGUGCCCUUGCCCCCUGAUCUCUCCUUCCGCUCCCCCACCCCCAGCAACCUGCCCAUGGUGCAGCUAUGGGCCGCCCACGCCCACGAAGGCUUCUCCCACCUGCCCAGCGGGCUGUACCCAUCCUACCUCCACCUGAACCACCUGGAGCCCCCCAGCAGCGGGAGCCCCCUCCUCAGCCAGCUGGGCCAGCCCAGCAUUUUCGAUACCCAGAAAGGUCAGGGGGCAGGGGUGGACGGCUUCUACCUGCCCGCCCCCGGGGCACCAGGAGCUCUGCACUCCCACGCGCCCUCCUCCAGGACCCCAGGAGGAGCCUCCUCGGGCACCCAGGCCAAAGGAUCGUCAUCGCGGGAAGGAGCCGCCAAGGAACGCGCGGCGCGCGGCGGGGAGCCGCCUCCGCUGUUCGGCAAGAAGGACCCCCGAGCCCGCGAGGAGCCCUUUGAGCUGGGCAACUUUGCCACCACACAGAUGGCGGUGCUGGCUGCGCAGCACCACCAGGCCAGCCGCGCCGAGGAGGAGGCCGCGGCUGCCGCCGCCUCCAAGAAGGCGUACCUGGACCCCGGAGGCGCGGUGCCCCGCGCAGGGGCUUGCGGACGGCCGAGCGCGGACAUGCACCCCGUGGCCCAUGGCCCCGGAGAGGCUUCGGCCAUGCAGAGCCUCAUCAAGUACAGUGGCAGUUUCCCCCGCGAGGCCGUGGCCGUGCGCCCUGGCGGCUGUGGCAAGAAGAGCCCUUUUGGAGGACUGGGCACCAUGAAGCCGGAGCCAGCGCCGACCACGGGAGGAGCCCCGCGCGCGCAGGGCCGUCUCCAGCACCCCGGAGGCCCUGCAGGGGGCAGCGGGCGGCAGCUGAAGCGGGACCCCGAGAGGCCCGAGAGCGCCAAGGCCUUCGGACGUGAGGGCUCUGGAACGCAGGGCGAGGCCGAGGUGCGGCAUCCACCCGUGGGCAUCGCCGUGGCGGUGGCCCGGCAAAAGGACAGUGGAGGGAGUGGCCGACUAGGGCCUGGUCUGGGGGACCAGGAGCGCACCCUGUCCCUGAGCAGCGUUAAAGGGCACGGGCGUGCGGAGGAGGGCUGUGCUGAUGAGCGUGGCCGGCACCGGGAGGAGCGACUGCUGGACGGACGGCUGGACCGGGACCAGGAGAAGCUGCUCAGAGAAAGCAAGGAGCUGGCAGACUUGGCCCGCCUUCACCCCACCAGCUGUGCAGCCAGCGGCCUGAACCCCAACCUCAUGGUAACCGGGGGCCCAGCGCUGUCGGGCUCCGGCCGCUGGUCUGCUGACCCCGCGACCCACCUGGCCACGCACCCCUGGUUACCCCGCUCGAGCAGCACGUCCAUGUGGCUUGCUGGACAUCCCUACGGCUUGGGUCCCCCUUCUCUGCACCAGGGCAUGGCGCCUGCCUUCGCCCCCGGCCUGGGGGGCUCUCUGCCUUCGGCCUACCAGUUUGUCAGGGACCCCCAGUCCGGCCAGUUGGUGGUCAUCCCCAGUGAUCACCUGCCGCAUUUUGCGGAGCUCAUGGAGCGGGCGGCCGGGCCCCCGCUCUGGCCGGCCCUGUACCCGCCGGGCCGCAGCCCCCUGCACCACGCGCAGCAGCUGCAGCUCUUCUCCCAGCAGCACUUCCUGCGCCAGCAGGAGUUCCUGUACCUACAGCAGCAGGCUGCGCAGGCCCUGGAGUUGCAGAGGAGCGCCCAGCUGGUGCAGGAACGGCUGAAGGCCCAGGAGCACCGCGUGGAGAUGGAGGAGAAAGUGGGCAGGAGGGGCCUGGAGGCAGCAGGCAAGGCUGGCCUGGCCACUGCGGGCCCCGGGCUGUUGCCGCGGAAGCCCCCCGGCCCCUCGGGCGGCUACGGCAAGACCAUGAGCCCACCGCCACCCCUGUCUCCCCGUGCUUCCCCCGUGGCUGCCCUGAAGGCCAAGGUCAUUCAGAAGCUGGAAGAUGUGUCUAAGCCACCGAGCUACGCCUACCCUGCCACCCCCAGCUCCCACCCCAGCAGCCCGCCGCCUGCCUCCCCGCCCCCCGCCCCUGGCAUCACCCGCAAGGAGGAGGCUCCUGAGAAUGUCGUGGAGAAGAAGGACCUGGAGCUGGAGAAGGCAGCCCCCAGCCCCUUCCAGGCCUUGUUCUCAGACAUCCCGCCCAGAUACCCGUUUCAAGCCCUACCACCCCACUAUGGAAGGCCGUACCCGUUCCUGCUACAGCCCACGGCGGCUGCCGACGCCGACGGCCUGGCCCCCGACGUGCCACUCCCAGCUGACGGACCUGAACACCUGGCACUCUCGCCCGAGGAUAAACCCAUGCGCCUGGCCCCCUCCAAGAUCCCUGAGCCGCUGCGAGGGCCCCCAGAGGAAGAGCCGUUGGUGGAGCGGGAAGUGAAGGCAGAGAUGGAAGACCUGGACGAGAGCCCCUCGGAGCUGCCCCCGCUGGGGUCGCCGCUGACGCUGCCUGCUGCAGAGGCCCUGCCGGCCCCCAGCCCCGAGGUCGGCUGCGUAGCUGGUCUCCUGGAGGCCCAGGCGCUGAGCGCUGGGGGGCCGGGGUGCACGGAGCCCUCGGAAUGCCCGGGCUUUGCGGAGAAGGCUGAAACUGGGGUCGAGUCACCAGGCCGGACAGAACUGUGUGCGGCCACCCCAGACCUUGGGGGGCGGCUGACGCCCGAGACGUUGGUGGAGGCCAAGGAGGAACCUGUGGAGGUGCCUGUCGACAUGCCUCUGGGGGAGGCCGUGCCCGAGGAAGGCCUGUCCCCUGCGGCUCCCAGCGAGCCCCGGCCCAGCCUGGAAUUGCAUGAGUGUGACGAGCCCGCUGGGGACAAAGAGUGCCUGGGCCUUGAAGCCCCGAAGGCUGUGCCUGUGCCUGGCAGCUCCUGCUACUUGGAGGAGGCGGCGGGCUCUGAGCAGUUGCUGCCUGGCCUGGAGGACCCACUGGCCGGCAUGAACGCCCUGGCGGCCGCAGCAGAGCUGCCCCAGGCCAGGCCCCUGCCGUCCCCGGGCACCGUGCCACCGGCCCUGCAGAAGCUGGGGGCAGCCCCGAGCCUCGUCUUGGAGCAGAGUUUCCUGCAUGGCAUCACUCUGCUGAGCGAGAUCGCAGAGCUAGAGCUGGAAAAGCGGAACCAGGAGGUGGGAGGUUCCGAGCGGGGCAUGGUGGCGCGGCCCUCGCUGGAGAGCCUGCUGGCGGCCAGCAGCCACAUGCUACAGGAGGCGUUGGACAGCCCCUUUGUGGACCCACUCAAGAGCCUGAGGCUGCCCCGCGAGCUGAACCCCAACAAGAAGUACAGCUGGAUGCAGAAGAAGGAGGAGCGGAUGUACGCCAUGAAGUCCUCCCUGGAGGGCAUGGACUCCAUGGAGCUGGACUUCCGCAUGCGGCUGGCCGAGGUGCAGCGGCAGUACAAGGAGAAGCAGCGGGAGUUGGUGAAGCUGCAGCGGCGCCGGGACCCCGAGGACAGGCGCGAGGACCCCCAUAGAAGCUUGGCACGCAGAGGCCCUGGCAGGCCGAGGAAACGGACCCACGCCCUGAGCGCCCUGUCGCCCCCCCGCAAGAGAGGGAAGAGCCGCGACAGUAGCGGAAAGCUGAGCAGCAAGGCCCUGCUGACAUCUGAUGACUUUGAGCUGGGAGCUGGGGUAAGGAAGAGGCACAAGGGGGCCGAAGAGGACCACGAUGCCCUCAUUGGAGUUGGGAAAGCGAGGGGCAGGAACCAGACUUGGGACGAGCAUGAGACCUCCUCCGACUUCAUGAGCCAGCUGAAGAUUAAGAAGAAGAAGAUGGCCAGCGACCAGGAGCAACUGGCCAGCAAGCUAGACAAGGCCCUCUCCCUCACCAAGCAAGACAAGUUGAAGUCGACCUUCAAGUUCUCGGACAGUGCUGGGGGGAAAUCGAAAACUAGCGUGGGCUGUAGCAGGUAUUUGACUCCUUACGACAGCCUGCUGAGCAAGGACAGGAAAGCCCUGGCCAAAGGCCUCGGUCUGUCUCUGAAAGCCUCCAGGGAAGGUAAACACAAGAGGUCGGCCAAAGCCAGGAAGAUGGAGGCGGGGUUCAAGGCCAGAGGCGCGCCCAAGUCUGGCCACUCCCCGUUCACCUCGGAAGUGAGCAGUUACUCCUACAAUACCGACUCUGAGGAAGAGGAGGAAUUCCUGAAGGACGAGUGGUCCGGCCAAGGCCCCUCCAGCUCUAAACUGCCAUCUUCCAUUCUGUGUGGCAUGGUGGCCAAGAACAGCAAGCCAGCUGGAGGCCCCAGGCUGGCCAAGCGGGGCCUGGUGACCACCCGGACUCUCAAACCCAAGCCGGCCGCCAGCAGGAAGCAGCCAUUUUGUUUGCUCCUGCGAGAGGCUGACGCGCGCUCUUCCUUCAGUGACUCUUCUGAGGACUCGUUUGACCAAGAUGAGAGCUCCGAGGAGGAAGACGAGGGGCUUGAGGAGGAGGAGGAGGAGGAGGCCGAGGCCGGUGGCGGCUAUAGGCUGGGGACCCGGGAGCGGGCCCUGUCGCCAGGCCUGGAGGAGAGCGGGCUGGGCCUGCUGGCACGCUUCGCAGCCAGUGCCCUGCCCAGCCCCACUGUGGGGCCGGCCCUGUCGGUGGUGCAGCUGGAGGCCAAGCAGAAGGCCCGGAAGAAGGAGGAGCGGCAGAGUCUGAUGGGCACAGAGUUCGAAUACACCGACUCCGAGAGCGAGGUCAAGGUGCGGAAGCGCUCGCCGCCCAAGAAGAAGGGGAAGGAGACAGGGUCGACAGCCGCCCUGCCACCGCCCCGCACGCCCGCCCUGCCUUCUGAGGCCCGCGCCCCCCACACCAGCUCCCUGGCCACCACCAAGAGAAGCAAAGCCAAGGCCAAGGGGAAAGAGGUGAAAAAAGAGAACCGUGGGAAGGGGGGAGCCGUGAGCAAGCUCAUGGAGAGCAUGGCUGCCGAGGAGGACUUUGAGCCCAACCAGGACUCGAGCUUCUCGGAAGACGAGCACCUGCCACGUGGCGGGGCCCUGGAGCGGCCACUGACGCCAGCCCCUCGCUCCUGUGUCAUCGACAAGGACGAGCUCAGGGACGGGCUACGCGUGCUCAUCCCCAUGGACGACAAGCUGCUGUACGCCGGACACGUGCAGACUGUGCACUCACCGGACAUAUACCGUGUGGUGGUAGAAGGGGAGCGUGGGAACAGACCCCACAUCUACUGCCUGGAGCAGCUGCUGCAGGAGGCGAUCAUUGACGUGAGGCCGGCCUCCACACGCUUCCUGCCCCAGGGGACCAGGAUCGCUGCAUACUGGAGUCAGCAGUACCGGUGCCUCUACCCAGGCACUGUGGUCCGAGGGUUACUGGACCUCGAGGACGACGGGGACCUCAUCACCGUGGAGUUCGAUGAUGGGGACACUGGGAGGAUCCCCCUGUCACACAUCCGCCUCCUGCCUCCCGACUACAAGAUCCAGUGUGCGGAGCCGUCCCCGGCCCUCCUGGUGCCGAGUGCCAAGCGCCGCGUCCGAAAAACCAGCAAAGACAUUGGGGAAGGCAGAGACGGCGGCACGGCAGGGGCGGAGGAGCCCGGAGCAAAAGCCAGAGGCCGUGGCCGGAAGCCCAGCGCCAAGGCCAAGGGUGACCAAGCUGCUGUCCUGGAGGAGGGGCCCCCCACAGAUGAGGUCCCUAGCACUCCCUUGGCCCUGGAGCCCAUCAGCACCCCAAAUUCCAAGAAGAGCCCCCCGGAGCCCAUGGAGAAGCGGCCCAAAGCCCCCAAGGCCCGCCCGUCACCUCCCCAGCCCAGCCCCGUGCCCCCCAGCUUUGCCACCUGCCCAGCGCCGGAGCCCUUUGGGGAGGUGCCUGCGCCCCCCGCAGCCGUGGUCCCGGCGCCGCUCGCGGCCAUGCCCCUCACCAUGCCCGCCACCCGCCCCAAACCCAAGAAGGCCCGGGCAGCCGAGGAGCCGGGCGCCAAGGGCCCGAGGAGGCCCGGGGAGGAGGCGGAGCUGCUCGUCAAACUGGACCACGAGGGCGUGAUGUCGCCCAAGAGCAAGAAGGCCAAGGAGGCCCUGCUGCUUCGCGAGGACGCGGCCGUCGGGGGCUGGCAGGAGCCCAAGGGCCUUCCGGGGCUGGGCGCCUUCCCCCCGGCCGCGGGUGGCGGCGGCGAGCCCAAGCCCGGGCGACCCAAGGCCCUGGACAGCGAGCUGCCCCCAGAGCCCGGGCCGGGGCUGCAGUUUGAGGACUCCAGGGGCCCCGAGAGCCCGGACAAGGGCCAGGCCGAGCAGGACGGGGCCGAGGAGUCGGAGAGCAGCGGCAGCAGCAGCGGGGACAGCAGCGGCAGCAGUAGCUCGGAGACGGAGGGAGAGGAGGAGGGCGGCGGGAAGGCGGAGGAAGGCCGGGCCUGCAGCGCCUCCAGCUCCAGGGCGUCCUCGUCCUCGUCCUCCUCCUCCUCCUCCUCCUCCUCCUCCUCCUCCUCCUCCUCGUCCUCCUCCUCCUCAUCCUCCUCCUCCUCGUCCUCCUCCUCCACCACCGACGAGGACUCCUCCUGCAGCUCGGAUGACGAGGCCCCGCCGGCCCCCGCGGCCGCCCCCUCCGCCCAGCCCGCCCUCCCCACCAAGGCCUCCAAGCCGGGGGGCAAGGCACGGGCCUCCGUGCACUCCCCCAGCAAGAAGGCGCCGGCCCCCCAGCCGCCACCGCCGCCGCCACCACAGCCCCCGCAGCCCAAGGCCCAGGCCAGCGCCGGGGCCAAGAGCCGGCCCAAAAAGAGGGAGGGCGUCCACCUGCCUACCACCAAGGAGCUGGCCAAGCGGCAGCGGCUGCCGUCCGUGGAGAACCGGCCCAAGAUCGCCGCCUUCCUGCCGGCCCGGCAGCUCUGGAAGUGGUUCGGCAAGCCCACACAGCGGCGUGGCAUGAAGGGCAAGGCCCGUAAGCUGUUCUACAAGGCCAUCGUGCGCGGGAAGGAGAUGAUCCGCAUCGGAGACUGCGCCGUCUUCCUGUCGGCCGGCCGCCCCAACCUGCCCUACAUCGGCCGCAUCCAGAGCAUGUGGGAGUCCUGGGGCAACAACAUGGUGGUGCGCGUCAAGUGGUUCUACCACCCCGAGGAGACCAGCCCGGGCAAGCAGUUCCACGAGGGCCAGCCCUGGGACCAGAAGUCAGGCAGGAGCCUCCCCGCCGCCCUGCAGGCCUCCAGCCAGAGGAAGGACUUCAUGGAGCGCGCCCUGUACCAGUCGUCGCACGUGGAUGAGAACGACGUGCAGACAGUGUCCCACAAGUGCCUGGUGGUGGGCCUGGAGCAGUACGAGCAGAUGCUUAGGACCAAGAAGUACCAGGACAGCGAGGGUCUGUACUACCUCGCGGGCACCUACGAGCCCACCACGGGCAUGAUCUUCUCCACCGACGGCGUGCCCGUGCUCUGCUGA